AUGGCCAUGUCUUGGCGUCUGCGCUCGCCCCUCGGCUCUUUCCUCCUACUGCUUUUCUCCUGUUUGUUUGCGUGUAAACCCUGCCACAGUCGGCGCCUCAUCUGCUGGCAGGCCAUCAUGAACUGUCAGGCCGAAGCCGAGUGCAACUACGCGUACGAGCACUACAGCCGCGCCUGUGGACCCGUGCUCACCGGGGAGCGCAGAAAGUGCCCGAGUCACUGCAUCUCGUCCCUGGUGCAGCUGAACCUCACCAAGAGCGGGCCUGCGCUGGAGGACUGCAGCUGCGCCCGGGACGCCGUGUGCCUGAACACGAAGCGGGCCAUCGAGCCGUGCCUGCCCCGGACCACCAGCACGGGAUGCACCGAGGCCCGGCGUCAGUGCGAGAGGGACCAGCAGUGCAGCUCCACCAUGCACGACUACCUCAAGCACUGCGGGAAGCUCUUCAGCGGGGCCGUGUGCACCAACGCCUGCAGGAACGUGAUCGCCAACAUGCGGCGGAUCCCCAAAGGGCAGCAGCUGGACACGUGUCUCUGCGACGGGACGGAGAGGGCCAUCUGCGAGUUCGUCAAAGCUAGCAUGAAGACCCUGUGUUUCGAGUCUCCCCCCGAGCGGGAGGAGAGCAGCGGGUGGGUGAGGAGGAUGGACGUGGACUCUGAGGACGAUGACGACGAGCCCGAUCUUCUGGACUAUUACCAUGAGCCGGAGAGCGGAGGCCUGGCCCUGAGCGGAACCCUGACUCUGCUGCUAGCUUCCACGCGGGUUGACACCUCUGGAGGCCGGAGCGGCAGCAGAGCAUGUGGGAACGGUCUGUGCGACGGCCAGGGAGAAAACGGGAAAAUAACAGAUGAUAAGAACUGA